UUUUAUUUUUAUUUUGUAUACAUCAAUAAUUCUUCUGAAAUAAAGCCACAGCGAAUCGAAGAUGGAUGUCUUGUUUUGUCCGACCAAAUGUAGUUUUUGGAAGGUUUUCUGGCUCUGGAGCAUUUGGGGAGACUUCUUGGUUUCCGUCUUGGGUUGCCCUGCCAACUGCCUUUGCAAUAAGACCGAGAUCAAUUGCAAAAAGCCGGACGAUGGGAACCUCUUCCCCCUUUUGGAAGGGCAAGAUUCCGGCACGAGCAACGGGAAUACCAGCAUCAACAUCACGGACAUCUCUAGGAAUAUCACUUCGAUACACAUAGAAUUUUGGAAGAAUUUGCAGACACUGAACGCCGUAGAUAUGGAGCUGUACACAGGACUCCAGAGACUGACAAUCAUGGACUCUGGACUCCGGAGCAUCCAGCCACGAGCAUUUGAUAAAAACCCCCACCUGCACUAUAUAAACCUCUCUGGUAACCGGCUGACUACGUUGUCGUGGCUACUCUUCAAGACAUUGAGACUUACUGAGCUGAGGUUAGAGCGAAACAUGUUCAACUGCAGCUGCGACAUCCGCUGGAUCCAGCUGUGGCAGGAGAAAGGCGAAGCCAAUUUGCAGAACCAGAACUUGAACUGCAUGAAUACGGAAAACAAAAACAUAGCCGUGCACAAGAUGAAUGUCAAUCAGUGUGAUCUGCCUGAAAUCAGUGUCAGCCACGUGAAUCUGACUGUGAGUGAGGGGGAAAAUGCUGUCAUCACCUGCAAUGGUUCCGGCUCACCCCUGCCUGAUGUCGACUGGAUGGUGGUAAAUCUACGCUCGAUCAACACUCAUCAGACAAACGCCAACUGGACCAAUGUCCAUUCCAUCAAUCUAACCCUGGUGAAUGUCACGAGUGAGGACAACGGGUUCCUGUUGACAUGUAUUGCCGAGAACGUGGUGGGGAUGUCUAAUGCAAGUGUGCUCCUCACUGUAUAUUAUCCUCCCCGGGUGAUCAGCUUAUUGGACCCCAUCCGCCACAUGGAGCACUGCAUUGAGUUUUCGGUGCACGGGAACCCUCCGCCCCAAAUCCAUUGGCUCUACAACGGCCAGAUUCUCAGGGAGACGGAGUUCAUCCGCAUGGAUCUCUUCCAGGAGGGGGAAGUGUCCGAUGGCUGCUUGCUCUUCAACCACCCAACGCACUACAACAAUGGCAACUACACCAUCAUCGCCACCAACUACCUGGGAACGGCCAACCAGACAGUCAGAGGGCACUUCCUGGAGAAACCUUUUCCAAGCAUUUCAGAUGGCAUUGUCACAUUUGAGUACAGUCCCAGUCCUACUCCUCUUAUCACUGUGACACAUAAGCCAGAGGAAGACACGUUUGGGGUGUCCAUAGCUGUUGGGCUUGCGGCCUUUGCCUGUGUCCUCCUGGUGGUCCUCUUUAUUAUGAUCAACAAGUAUGGCCGGCGAUCAAAGUUCGGAAUGAAAGGUCCUGUGGCUGUGAUCAGCGGGGAAGAAGAUUCUGCCAGCCCCCUUCAUCACAUCAAUCAUGGCAUCACCACACCUUCAUCGUUGGACGCAGGCCCGGACACAGUGGUGAUUGGCAUGACCCGUAUCCCUGUCAUCGAGAACCCACAAUACUUCCGUCAAGGUCACAAUUGCCACAAGCCAGACACAUAUGUACAGUAUAUUAAGAGGAGAGACAUCAUUCUGAAGAGGGAGCUUGGCGAAGGUGCUUUCGGGAAGGUGUUCCUGGCUGAGUGCUACAACCUCAGCCCCACCAAGGACAAGAUGCUCGUGGCUGUGAAGGCCCUGAAGGACCCAACCUUGGCUGCCCGAAAGGAUUUCCAAAGAGAGGCAGAACUUCUCACCAACCUUCAGCAUGACCACAUUGUAAAGUUCUAUGGUGUCUGUGGUGAUGGAGACCCUCUCAUAAUGGUAUUUGAGUACAUGAAACACGGAGACCUGAAUAAGUUUCUGAGGGCACACGGCCCGGAUGCGAUGAUCCUCGUGGAUGGGCAGCCUCGGCAUGCGAAAGGGGAGCUGGGCCUUUCUCAAAUGCUUCACAUUGCCAGCCAGAUCGCUUCAGGGAUGGUUUACCUUGCCUCCCAGCACUUUGUACACAGAGACCUGGCCACGAGGAACUGCUUGGUUGGAGCUAACCUGCUGGUGAAGAUUGGAGACUUUGGGAUGUCCAGAGAUGUCUACAGCACCGAUUACUACAGGGAAGUGCCGCAUCCGAAGGGCUAUUUCAGGACAACGUGGCAGCAGCAGAGACUAGCAGCAAUGGCAGCUACAACAGUUGGAGGACAUACCAUGCUCCCCAUUCGUUGGAUGCCUCCUGAGAGCAUCAUGUACCGCAAAUUCACGACAGAGAGUGACGUCUGGAGUUUUGGGGUGAUCCUCUGGGAAAUCUUCACAUACGGGAAGCAGCCAUGGUUCCAGCUGUCAAACACAGAGGUCAUCGAGUGCAUCACCCAAGGCCGAGUCUUGGAGCGUCCUCGAGUCUGCCCCAAGGAGGUUUACGACAUCAUGCUGGGCUGCUGGCAGAGGGAACCUCAGCAACGGCUGAACAUCAAGGAAAUCUACAAGAUCCUUCAUGCCCUGGGCAAAGCCACACCAAUCUACCUGGACAUCCUUGGCUAGCAGCGGUCCCUUUUCUCCAGCACCGUUGCUCUGCCCUUCUUCUCCCUUCCCUACCUCUCCCUUGACCUCAAGCCAACAUAUUCAUAUAAACUCAAGUGCCUGCUACACGUACAACACUGAACAAAUAAAAAGACAAUUACAACUUCAAACAGAAAGGUCCUGACAACCCACCUGUAAAGCAGCUUGGCUUACAUAUAUAUAUAUAUCUAGAGAUAAUAUAUAUAUAGAGAAAGAUAUAUUCACCUCCCAACAGAAGCUGCCAUUACAGGAAAAUGUAAGGUGUUAUAAGAAAAAAAAAGGAGAGAGCGAGGGAGGAAAAAGAACCUACAAUAUUAAAAAGGAACAAAAAACAAAAAAGGGAAAACAGGAUCUUUUAACUCAAGGUGUGGAACUGUGAAUCCUACUGCGCUCUUUUGGUUCCAGUUGCUGGGUGGAGCUCAACCCACUUGGGAACGCUAAGAGAUAAUCCCGCCAAAAAAAUAAUAAUUAAAUUAAAUUAAAAACUGGCGAGACUGUGCCUGAUCUGUAGCUGCACUUUGUGGGUUCCGUCCCCUGGUGCAGAACUGGCAAAGACUGGGCUCUGAUCCAGGGUGAUGCCCCCUGGAGGAACUUCCUUUUACUGACCCCCAACCACCUUCAUAUUACCCCCCACCCAC